GCCAGGCUGAAUAGAUGAGUUUUUAUGUUACGUUUUAAAAUUUGACUUUAUUUUUAUGGUAUUUUUCAGACAAGAAUAAUGUAGUUCAAAGUGCCUCACUUUAAAAAGAUUACAUAACAGAAACAAUAAGAACUUCGAUGCAAAUGAAUAUUUGCAAUAAAAGAAAUAUAAAAAGGCAGUCACUGAAAAGCCUGGUUAAAAAGGCGAGUCUUGAGCUUCUUCUUUAAAACAUCAACGGUCUCUGCGGCCCUUAGUAAUAUAGCAGUUCUACCACAAAUUCUCCUGUCAGGAAGCUUCAAAAUUUUGAUUCUUCACUGACAUUAUUGGACAAGUUAUCAUUGUACUUUGCUUUUUUAUUAUUUAUAAUGUUGUCAAAAAUAAGUGUUAUCCAUAAUCCAUUGUAUUGGUUCAAAUAUAGCUUAGUAUUAGUUGCAUACAUUCAAUCACAAGUAUAGAUAUUUACUGAGAAGAGAUUUAGAUGUCUUCAGGUUCAUUUCAGCAUCUUUUAACAAAUUGUUUUAUAAUGCUCCUUAAUUACCUUCUUCCUCAAAAUCAGAUUGUUCACAAGUCUCUCUUUUCAUUUAUCCCUCCUGAAUAAGUCAUAGGUAAUAUAUGAUGAAACCGGCCUUAUCGUCGCCUCUUCUCUGUCUUUUUGCAGGAGGUCCUGGUGAACAUGGGUCAAGCACAGCCUCAUCCCCCUCCCAACACACAUGCAGACACACAGGGCACAGGUGGUGCGGGGUUAUUCCUACAAUGGGAAAUUGGAUCCUGAUUAAAGAUUGAUGUCAAUGUGGGUCAACCUGAGGUGUGAUUUCAGCUUUAUUGAACACUGGUGACAGACCAGUAGGAAUGGAUCAGCUGUAAAACACAGAAGAGAAAAGCUCUGUGAUUUAAAAAAGCCAUGAAUGAGUUCAAAAUGACCCACCAAUGAGUCAGACAUACAGUGUGUUCAAAUAAAGAGGCUGUUACUGAAAAUGAGUUUGAUCCCCACGGCCAGAUCACCUUUGACCCUCCUUCAUUUCAUCCUAUUAGAUUACUUCCUGUGAAUACUCAAAUAUACAAAGGUGCUGAUCAGUGUCCCCUGAAUCACAUUGUUUCAUUAAUAUUUCAAAGGUCUGCUGAUGUCAGCAAAGUCCCUAUAAAACGGGGGAUAUCUCAGUCCUGUAGAUUUCCAAACCCUCCACACGUCCAGGGAGCCUUCACUUAGAUCCUCACUGAAGAGAAAGAGACUCCUCCUGUUUGUGUUUCAGCACCAUGGUCAGCGCUCAGACUCUCCUCCUCGCGGCCACCUGCUGCUGCGCCUUCCUGUGGCUCGCUCGUGCGGAGGACUCCUCGUUAGAGACCCGAUCGUUGGAUUUCACCAUGAAGGCCCAGCAGGAGAAAGAUCUGGUGAGAAAUAUUACGCGCUUAAAGUAAAACAUUUGAAAAUGAAACAGGGAAACGACAAAGGAUUACAAGCUUGGAUAUUACGCUUGUAAUCCUAGAGAAAUGAGUGUUCACGAUGAAAACACACCAUUUUAAGUUCUAAUAAUUUUUUUAUCCUUUAUAAGAGUCUCGUUUUACUUUUUGACUGCAGAUUGAUGCCUUGCAAGGAGUUUUGGAGAAGCUGAGAAGCAAAGAGAUGCCAUCUGAGAAAAAACUUGGCUGGCUGCCUUCGGUAAGAAAAUCAAAUAUCUAAUUUAAAAUUCAGUGUAACAAAUUAAACCUUUAUUUUUCUGUUUUUCAAAGUGCUUGGUAUCUCUCUAUAUAUAAACAGUUAUAUAAGGAGGGAUUUUUGGCCUGUUAGAAAGAAAUACAUCAAUUAAAACUCUUUACAGAAAAUGAUAGCGUACAUCAACAGCUUUAAAAAUGCGCUUUUGAAUCCCAAGUUUGAACAAGAAAAUCAUCCUGUAAUUUUAAUCUAAAUUUUCAUGUUUUUAUCUGGUUCUAUUGUUGCAGUGUGACGCCGGAGAACCGUGCGCAGUGCGCAAAGGCGCACGCAUUGGCACGCUGUGCAGCUGUCCCCGGGGGACUGCCUGUAACUUUUAUGUUCUCAAAUGUUUGUAAAGAAAAAACAGAGACGCAAGAAAAAAAACAACGGGUGAAUAUUCAAUGGAUUAAGGUGACUGUUGUGAGCCAAUGGAAGAGCGAUUUUCUUUUAUAAACCUGGACUAGAAAAAGUCAGUCUGUAAGUUCUCUGUAUAUUUCAUGGCUUGUGUGCAUCUGUCUUAUAUUUGUUCUUCACAAAGUGUUGUUUGUACACAAGAGAGAGAUUCUGGCACAUUGUGAGAGUGCAUUUUUUUUGUCUCAUUGAUGUUUAUAACUAUUUUUGUUUGUAAACUGUUGUUCAUGUCAAGUGAAAGAUAGAUCUAUCUCAAGUUUCUAUAACGUUUGUAAGAUAAGGAUCAAUAAAUGCACUCAACUAUA